UGUCAGGCCUGGAAGCGUACUAGUGCUCGCCUUCGUCCCUGCUGAUCUUUCGUUCUGCAGUAGUGCUCUUGAAAGACAGAUAGAACUGUGGAUUGGUUAUGCAUAACCCAUUCCCGAUGAAUGAAUAACGCACUAGCAGAGACGUCUAUUAUUAUCAACGUUAAUACCCAAUGGAUAAAACGUUGGGAAAAAAGUUUUGAUGAACUUUCGUGAAAAACUUCGCUCUUUUGGUACUUGGGCAGAGUUUCAGAUUGAGAAAUUCAUUACUUGAGGACACAUUACAUCUGAUAAUUGGAAAUUUAGUGAAGAGACUGUAAAAUAUUACCUUAGUUUAUUUAGAAUAUCUUUGAAAAAUGAGAAUCAACGGACAAACCAGAGCAAGUCACGCUUGGAUAACGUAGUAUGUCUGCAAGCAAUUCAUUGAAAAGCCAUUGGUGUUUGUGCCAAGUUUACAUAAAAAGACAGUUUGGACACUGACCUGUGAAGAACGAAAAAAGAUGACGUCCAGGACCUGGGGCUGCCUGUCUCAAAAAAGGCUUUUAUUCAUAUUGCUGAGCUUGCUGACCAACACCUCAUCGGGGAAGUACCGUAGUGACCAUACGUCGGAAGCAAAGACCCUAUCAGACGAUGACCCCGUCUGGAAUAUACGGCACGUUUUGCCCGAGCUUGACCUUGACAACAACACGGUCAGUGACGUCAAGGUGAAUGUUGGGGACAUAGCUUACCUGCCUUGUCGUUUUCCCCAACUCUCUACGUUACACCAGGUCUCCUGGAUAAGAAGAUGGGACUGGCAUAUCCUGACGACUGGAAUCUACACCUACACCAGUGACAUGAGGUUCAAGGUGCUGCACACAGAGGGCUCUGACGACUGGACCCUGCAGCUCAAAUACGUCCACAUGAGAGACAACGGAACUUACGAAUGCCAGAUGUACACAGGUACGGGCGUACUCUCUCAGUUCAUUAACUUGCACGUGAACACGCCACGUGCAGCCAUUCUGGGACCCCAGGAGCUUCACGUGCAGGAGGGAGACACAAUCACUCUCGUCUGUGUUAUCCAGCAGAGCAAGCCUCCUUUCGUCUUUUGGUAUCACGGCGAGAAGAUGGUCAAUUAUGACGAAUCGCGUCAUAGGCUGAGCGUCAUUACCAAUGCCGAAGGAACCAGGACGCACUCCCGUCUCACGAUCACCGACGCAAGGAGGUGGGACUCUGGUAACUACACUUGCGUGCCACCAAACGUACAACAUGCCUUCGUGAUUGUCUUUGUCACCGAAGCUGGCGACACAGUAGCAGCGGUCCAAAGGCGGGGUCACAACGGGUCCCCAAAGUCUACAUCACCCGCCUGUUCAACCAGCUGGGUCUCCUUGGUCGUGUGUUUCACCCUGACGUAUCUGCUGAGCCACUUCGCAGGGGAUUUCCACUCUGCAACAAGAUGAUGUCUACGCCGUGGAACAUGAGAACACUAGGCCUCUCCAUCUGUCCCUCUUCUUUUGUAGAGCAUUUCGAGCUCCUUUUGUGCAAAUGGGGAAUUGGUGGUGAUGACUCUGACCAUGAAACUGCAGAUAAUAGGGACGUCUGUGCAUGUGUGUGUGUGUAUGUAGUUUUUCGUUUACAAAGCGAUUUCUAUAGAAUAACUGAAUUCAACCAAGAAUACAAAGGAUUAUGUUUUCUUAUAUUUCUGUAUUAUGAAAAUCGAUCCUGUUUCUAGGCAAAUAAAUUUACACCUGCCUUCCUAUCUAAGGUGUAUGCAUACAUUCCACACACAUACCCAAUUCCUUAUGUGAAUGAUUAGCUUUUACUUUUGAAAUUAGAAAAUUAUACACAGGCAAAAACAGUCAUCAUGCACACCUGUUCCUGGCUUAAUCUAAGUGCGAUAAACAAAUACGAUGAAAUAUUUAUACAUAAUAAUUAUAAUGUACAGUGUAAUGCGUGUCAUAUAACUAUAUGUAGAUAUAUGUACAUAUAUACUUUUUUGUACGAACUAGAUGAAUUAACAAAGAAAAAUGUAAUGACAAGUAUUUGAAGUAAUAGCUGAUGUAGGCCUAAAACUUAUUCCGUAACAUAUAAUGAGGUGAGUGCAAGUUCUUAGGUGGAACUGAUGUGAUUUAUGUUAAUUCAUUAUUCAAAACCGAAAGAAAAUGACUCAAGAACUACUGAACGGGGAAUGAAAAUGUUUGUCAUCAUAUCUAUUUAUGAUUAUGAAGCCAUUUAUAAAUCAUGACUGUUUAUUCAUCUGUUACCAAUAUGACUUAACGGCUACUAAACAUAAAUAUUGAGUGCCAUUGUAAUGAUUCAGAUAAAUAUUUUAAUUAGUCAAGUUUUCAUUUAUUAUGAUUUUAUGGAUAUAAAUCAUUAGAUACUGGGGCGGAAAUGGACUUGCUUUUCGAUGUAAUUGGCAUUGUAAGCUCUUUAUUUUUAAAAUAUUAUAAAAUUCAAUAGCAUUCAUGUAUCCGCUUCCGCUAACUUUAAUUCCAAAAUAAGGAAAAAUGACGAUUAAUGUGAUAUAUAUCUCCUUGCCUGGAAGACAGGUAAUUACAUUCCAAAAACUAAAUAGAAAAUAGAAAAUAUACAUAUAUUACAAUAACUUAUCUAAAAGAGUAAACUAAUUCAAAUAGAGUAGAUACAAUUAAACAUACUUGUUCAAAACAUUCGUCAAGGAAUAUUUAGCCUUUAAGGUUUACUUUAAAUGCCUUCAGAAACGACGUUUAUGGCUUAUUUGUGUUUAAACUUGUUGCAAUUAACUAACUUUUAUUUUUGUAAGUAAAAGAUUGAGUUAUUUUCAUGAAAUUAUUAUUAUUAUAAAUAACAUUAUUAUAUAAACAAACAUGGGGAAAAAUGCAAUCUAAACCCAAAAUAUCAAAACUGAAUAUCAAGAGCUUGACAAGAGUAUUUCCAUCACAGGAUGUAAUAAACAUAUAUCAAAUAGAUAAUUGGUUGAAUAAUUUAUUAAAAUAUCAACGGCUGUUUUUACUGGCUUAUCACUUAGGCGAGGUGAAAAUAUGGCAGUAAGAAGAAAUUAGAUUUCUAUUGUUUUUACUUCAUGAACAAUAAUAAAUCAAUGUAUAUAUUAACCAUUUUUGUAAUACAUUUUUGUUCUAUGUAAUGUUCAUUCGAAAAAUGCCAGUUCGUAGACUAUGUACAUUCUGUAAGUGAAAGUCGUCAUAUACUACAUUGUGCAGUCCUGUAAGUGAAAUUCGUAAUAUACCUAUUAUGUUGUAUGGCGCUGUAAGUGAAAUUCGUAAUAUAUUAUGUUGUAUGGCUCUGUAAGUAAAAUUCUUCAGGAAUGACUUUGCCUGGUUCUCAAAGGUAAGUGUGUACAUGUCCACAAGUAGUAAAAUGUGCACAUGGAUGUAUAAGUUUACAUAUGACUUCUUAUUUUUAUCUAAUUAUAUGCGUUUAUGUGAAUGCAUAUGUAUCUAUGUACAUGCAUACGAAAAUAUAUGUAUAAAGGUACGUUCGUGCACGUAUGUAUAUAGUGCAUAGUCAUUGUCAGCGAUUACUGCGUCAACUUGUUCUUAUAUAUUUUGUAAUACGAAUAAAUAUGAUGUCACGGAAUGAGCGUUUGAAGGUCAUUGUCUAAGGAAAAAAAAAGACUGACUUGAGAACAUGUAUUACCUCAGAGUACUUUGAUAUACUGUAAAUACAUAAGAAGAUAUAUAAACAAAGAUGAAGAUAUAUUUGUCUCCUUCCAGUAACAUAGAACUAAUUUUCAUCUUAUUUCUUUAAUUGUUAAGGACAAAUAAAACACGUCUGUCUCUCUCGUCAUGUAUGGAUUACUGUAAUUUACUUUAGAAUUUUUCAUACAUUUUUGGAAAAUUAUUGUUUGUCACAUAAAUAAUUACUUUCAACCCCAGAAUUGUCUUACUAUGUGUCAAUCCAAAUAUUUGUUAAGUGUCAACCAGUAGGCACUAAAUGGGUCUUCAAUGUUUCCUAAUAAA